GUCCAAUAUACUGUGCAUCACCAAAUGUUGGCGCUCCAUCGCGUCUCUGUUCAUUGCUUUGUUCUGUGUACUGUGCGAGGGGAAAAGAUUUUGUCCAUUUCUGCUAGUCAUCAACUCGUCAACCAAGACCCUUCAAUAUGCCGAAACGCAAGGCAGACGUAGCCCAGGCUGAGGAGAAUGAUAGCAAUGAAGAAGCACCCCAAGCUGACUCUCCUGCUCCAGUCAAGAGGGGCAGAGGACGACCCAAAGGCACAGGUAAACCCAAAAAGAUAGUCGACCCAAACGCCCCAAAGCGAUCCCGCGGAAGACCACGUCUCAACCCACCAGCGGAUCCAGACACACCCAAGAAGUCCAAAGUUAUACCUCCAGCAGAGUCAAGCCCCGCUAAAAAGGCUAAGGCUAGCCCUGGGAAGAGAGGCAGACCAGCAGGCUCAACGAAACAGAAGAAGAGGGGACGGCCAAGCAAGGCGGCAAAGCCACAGGAUGAAGAUGAGGAAACAGCCGAGCUGUCAGAUGAGUAAAGAAAGCCCUCCAAACCUUUCAGCAUUGAAAGAAGUUAACAUGUCUUCUGUGGACAUCUUCACAGUGGUUAUCUUCACAGGGAGGAAGUCGAUCCAAAGAAAAAGAACAAUAAAAAGUCAAGAGUUUGUUGCAUACAUGUGAGGUCGGUCCGACACAAAUCUCUCCUACAAUGUACUUGAGGAUCAUACUAGGUGGUUAAUGUAAUUACUACAUGAAUGGGAAGUAUAUUGUGAUUUACUUUUUUUUUCUGUUUUAAAAAUAUUCAACCCAGAAACAGUAAAUGCUGCAAGGUUUUUUGAUACAUUACAAGACCCUUUGGUGACAGCCACCUGAAACUGAAAUUUGAAAACAAAAUUAAGAAAUACCGGCUUGCGUUUUUUCCCCUCUACCAAUCUUGUUGUGCUUCAUUUUAGAAAACAACUCAACAACAAGAAGAACAAUGUGGUUUUUCAUGUUGCACAAGAGGAAGUACAACAAUUUGGAAUGUUACAAUGCAAACAAAUUCUAAGCAUAGAUUUGUGAAAAAAAUGUGCAGGAUUCAUUAAGAUACAUUUAUCUGUUAAUAGUCUUUAUAUCAGUAAGGAUUUUUCAGGCAUCGUUGUUCACUUAUUGAAACUGUAAUCUAAUUUCAAGUUUGUAUCAUCUUGCCUUUCAAGAUGCCAGUCAGAUUUAUUUCCCUAUUGACCCCAAAAGUUGUUAAAUCUAUCUAUUUUUUUUAUAGAUUCAAGAGAGUUGUAACUAUGUCGGGAUGCAGGCAUUAAAUCAAGUUUGUCAGACAUCACAUAUAGUACAAACAGCUUUUCAUGUUACAUUAUGCUAUUUUUCUUUCGAUACAAAACCGCAUCAGCUAUACAAAAAAUUGUAUCAAAAAUAUUUAGGCAAAAAUCAGGCCCUGCAACUUUUAAACUCUUUUUUUUGGGUCUAAAUUGAAGUUGAUUGUCAAAAGAGGGCACUAGUUACCCACCAACUAUUUUGUUUUUUAUCGCUUAAGUUUAAGAAACUAAAAUUUAAGAAAUAAUUUUUUGUUGUCUUAAACAACUUUUUCAUGUAUUUUGAUGCACUUUAAAUUUUUAAACAAUUUCAUGUAUUGUUGAACACUUUUUUAUAAAGUCCAGUCAAAUGAUUACAAAUAAACAUUUAAAAACAAAUAGCAUAAACCAGAAAUGAACUUAUUGUGAAUUUAACUUUGUCACUUUUUAAAGAGACUUAUCUCAAUAAACUGAAUUUUGUCACAACUUUCUAGUUUGUCUUUCAAGAAGGACAUUUCAGCAAUGAUCAGCUGGUGACGAUAAUCAAAAGUCAUCUAAAAUAUUGAUUAUGAUACGUUCUGAAGAAAAAAAAUUAGGAACUCACUGCCAAGCUGAUGAUGAAAGGUUGUUGCUGUGAAUUACAAAAGUAGACAAGUUAUUGUUUACCUCUUUCAAGAUGUCGCAAGGUCAAGCAAGUCCAUCCCGAGGUCAACAAAAUCCACGUCAUUGUUCACUAAUCCAGUCCUGUCUUUGUUUUCUGUCAUUCAGGAUCAAGCCAGGCUUUUGUACAAAUUCAUUAAAACAGUUUUUACUUUAUUUUAUACAGCUGGUACUCGAUUGUACAAUGGUAAUUUACAAAACUAACCUGUGGAAAUAGGACCAUCGCUUUGGUACAUCUCGAGGUCCUCUGUGGUAUUUCAUGGGCCUCAAACUGACACCACAGCCCAAUUUCAUGACUGCUUACCGUAAGCCAAACUUAAGCUCUUAGGGUAGCUGAAAAGUCCAUGAUUGAGGUCGACAGAUAAGCAAGGAAACUUUGCUUUGUGUGUGUGGAUUCUUUAUGUUGCUGUUCAUUCUUAAAUUUCACAGCAAGCACAUAAAUUUUACCCUAACAAAUGUAAGUAGAGUCAUGAAGUUGGGCCCUGUUACACAAUCGGGUAGUUCCAUUGUAUGACCUUAGCAAUGACUGUAAAUUCUACAAGGUACCGUGUGCAAAAGAAAGGACCAUCCAAUUUUCAUAGAGCUGCUAAAGCAACAAUAAUUGCUUCACAAUUUUCUGCAAAGCAAAAAUCAGCAGGAUACCAGUCACAGUUAGUACAGUUGGAAUGUUCUUUUGACUGGUAACCUUAUUCUGGUAAUCAUAAAUUAUGAGGAGCUCUAUGAAAAUGGGCAGUGGUCUCCCAAAACUUUCUGCCAGUAAUAAAGUGUACAUUUUCAUUGCAUUUCCAGCAAACGCUACCACUGAAACAUUAAGUUAAAGUAAAUUUUCUUGUAGCAUGCCACAAUUCUCAUCUGUUCUCAGUUCUGGCAUAUACUGGACAUGUUAACAUUUCUUGCUUCUAUUAUAAAAGCUUUGCUUCAGUAUUGUUAGCUUGUUAGUCAAUUGCGGAACUUAAAAAAGUUGUUCCUAAAUUAGAAUCGAUGGUCAUAUUCAUCUCUGUGUUUUGUGUUUAGCUGGCAUCAUUUUCAUGUUUUUAAAAAUUUACUGUACAUUUUUAAUUAUCAAAAGUUUUCUGCCACUGUUUUUAAUGUUGUUUAAAUAGCUGAUGGCCAGUUUCUUGGAAGAAUGAGACAGUGCAUCUAUCUGACAUUUAACAAUUUAGAAUGAAAGUAAAACAGGGAGGAAAUCAAGAAACUGUUUUGCAGAAAAUGGAAAAUGAACAGUUAGAGAGAUUCAACUCGGCUUCAACCUCAUGUAUUUGAUUCAGGAUUUUUUGAACGUUGAAGAUUCCAUGUUGGACAUUAUAACAGAAAACAAAAUAUUGGGAGAAAAUAGUAUUGUUUUCUGUACCUUUUUAUUAUGCACUGUUUUUAAUGUUUUAGUUUAUGUAAAUUAGCAUUUAAAUAUGUUUGACAAAAAAGUAACCUGUUGUGAUGUUGACUCCUAAUGUUUUGCCAUAUGACUAUUUUGAUGUUCUUAAAUUUGUCCUGCACAAAUAUAAAUUAACAGUCAACCAUGACACAAUUCUAGACUGAUUUUGUUUUGCCAAUCAUGCCACUGUGGGAACAAAAUCAAAACAUUUUGGAGGAGUAGUUUGUUAAAAAUAAAACACAGUUUGAGGCCAGUGUGCCUGGGCCCUGGUAAAAAAAAAAAAAGCAUUACAACAAUUUUUGAAAAAAACCCAAGCAUUACAACCAUUUGACCUUAAUUUGCUCACUGAAAGGACAGUUUGGUGUAUUUGUCAGCGUAUCAGUAAGUUGUACUCGUGUUUGUGGAUUUACUCAUUUUCACCACAUGCUUCUGUGGUAGUUGAUUGUCAUGGUUAACGACAAACUUUUUGUUUUGUCUCAAUCAUGUUUCAAAAACCUUUGUUCUGGCAAGAAGUGUUGUGAAUUCUUAGUUCUUGAAAAUAAUGUACCAAUUUUAAUUAGUUUUUUUUUUUAUACAUGUACGUAGAUCUGAGAAUCAGUUUAGAACAAUUGAAUGUGUGAGAGAAGUCCAGAGGAUUGUACAUGUAGAUUUAACAAACCUGUAUUUUUCUGUGGAGAAUUAAAUCUCAUAGUAUUACUAGAGAAA